AUGUCAGUUAUGGACUGUGAUAUGCUGACAGGAUACCAUAGCAUUCCAUUGUCAUUAACACAUGCCCGAUGGCCGCUAUCGCUGAGACACUAUACAAGUCAAUUUGCCAGUGUGAAUGGAUCAUCUGCCAACCAUGAUGAAACGACACCGGAUGAAACAGACAUCGCUUGUGUUAUUCACAUUGAGCCACAUGCCUGGCCCUCUGUCAAUGCGGCAGGUGCAUUGGAUGACGAGGGACUUGCCCCGCCAAGCCUUCAUGCAGACACUCACCUACGUAAAGAUGAAUCCCCUCCCAUUACUCAUCAUCAGGUACUAUAUAGACCAAAAUUUUUCCCAUUCUCCUCAACUGCUACACUCCCCAUUUACAACGGUACUUACCAACCCAACUUCGAUCUACCGCACUUGAAUCUCUUCUUAUUACUUACUACUUUCAUCUCGUCCCACUCAAGCUACCUGCGAACCUUAGCAAAUAUGUCGUCGAUCUUCGAGGCAUACCGUGAUUGCGAGUAUGCCUUUGAUGGUCUGUUGAAAGCAACCCUUUUAUACGAAGGCCCCUAUCACAGGGGGGUGAUCAAAGACGUUGCUGAUUAUAAGGAUUGGGCGUAUCGCGUCGGGGCUGCCUACGGCAAAGGACUUCCUGAGUAUUCAUUGGAUGAGACUCUCAGGGAGGCGUCUAGUUUGAGAGAGAUUAUUCCCAAGCAGCUGGCUCUUCUUGAAAAAUGCGUCUUGAAAGUCUCUAAUGUUGUGGACAUGGAGACAAACUCUACCCAGUGUACCCAGAAGUGCCUCACUGUCUGGGAAGAUGGACAGUUUGACGACGGCGAUUGCCAAAUGGCGCGGCCACACAACAAGGAGUAUGUGCCGUGCGACGGCUAUGAUCACUCCGAUGGUGAUACGGUCUCUACCAUCUCGGCAUCGGCAUCGGAGGGUUGUGUUUCGGAAUCGACCGCUCAGUCGGAUCCUCCUGAGGCAACGGAUUUGCAGGUGGCUGUGAAUGACAUGCGCAAGGUUAUGCAAGAUCUUGAGAGUCUAGGGUUGGACGAUCUCGAGGCGGCCGAUGGACCUAAUGGCGCCUAUGACGAAGAAGCGGCAUUCUAUGAGGAUUGGGAUGUCCUGCUGGUCCAGAAUAAGUUCGACAAUAGGUUCCUCGCCGAUGAUGUCAAGCGCCGCUUGGGAAAGAUGAUCACUCGGUGCCGCCAGCUUUUGUGUGAUCGACGCAAGGAGAAAGGUCCGGUGGAAGCGCUGUCGGAGACCCUGGAUUCGGUCAACAAUCCUGACCUGACUUUGUCGAGCCCUUCUGAUGACUUGGAUCUGACCCUUGAGGUGCCGCUUCCACCGGUCGAAUUGAAAGAAGGAGAGAUGACAGAGUUUGAAUGCGGUUAUUGCUAUCGUCCAGUCCGGAUUGACAUUCCUCGUGCCUGGGAGGCGCAUGUCAUCAAAGACUUGCAGCCAUAUGUCUGCACUUAUACACGGUGCGACUCGUCCCAGCACUUUUUCCAGAAUAUGGAGGAGUGGAUUGAACAUGAGAAAAUACAUGACGGAGUGUGCUAUUGGUGCAACCAGCACGGCCAUGAAACCUACGAGGAUCGAAAGGGGUUUGUGGAGCACAUCCUAGCGGUCCAUGAUGAGAAGGUCUCUUCGCCGCUUGCUUACUUCUGCCAUCGUUCUCUGAAUGUUGGGGUUCCCCAGCCGGGCGAGCCCGAGGAGGUCUGCAAUUUGUGUUUCGAGCGUACUUGGGAUAGGAAGAAGCAUGUGGCACGCCAUCUUCAGCAACUUGCCAUGUACGCUCUGGAUUGGGAGGAUGGGACUGACGACUAUUAUGAGGCCGACAGCGACACUUAGUUCAGGGCGAGAGUAGGGCCUGAUUACUUUGGAUACCUUGCUUCUCUGUGCCUGUAUCCAUGACCGCGUUGUUAUUUCUGUUAUGAACGUUGC